UGAAUCCAAUGAAUCCUUGGACUGGUGGUGGUAGUAGUAGUAUUUGAAACAAUUAGUGCGACUACUUUGAUGUUGAAAUAUAUAAACACACAUUAAAUUGGUAGUGGUAUACAAAAUUGUACUAUUUGUGAUAUAUAUACAUUUUUAGUGAUUGAAUCGUAUCAAAAUAAAUUGUGUUGGAAGUUUUUGGAACGAUUGCAUUUAUCAUCAUAAUAAUAACAUAAUCGAUUGAUGAUUUCUUUUAGAUCAAUAUGGUAGUUGUAAUAUGACAAAUGACAAACAUCGUCAUCAUCAUCAAUAAAUAGAAAUUAAAUUAAAUAAAAAUAUAUUUUGUAUCACGAAUUUUCUACAAAGUUCUUGUUAUUAUCAUUCAUGUAGUCGUACUGAUUACGAAUACAAGAUGAGCGAAACCAAACCGAAAGAAUUGUUAAGUCAAACAAUAAAUGGUGAUGAUCAAAAUGUUAAUCCUGAUUUAAAUUCAUCUGAAUCAACAACAAAUGAUCAAAGUGUUAAGCAAAAAAUGCCAAACGUACAAAAUGUAAACGGACAUUCCGUUGUUCUUGGACAACUACCAGAUGAUUUUCUUCGUCUUGAUUCUGCAUCGGCAACGAAUCAACGAACUUGUAACCAGAUUGAACUUGACGAAGAAUUGGCUGCAUCACUUCAACGACAAUAUGAUUCACAAGCAUUGGCACAACAACGUAACGUAGCCAAUUGGAAUUCCAAUUAUCGUGCUUAUUUGUCCAUAACGUUUGUUGAAGCUCAUUUGGUCAAAAAUUAUGGCCUGAUGAGCAUGAGUCCAUAUGUUCGAAUUCGAGUUGGCAAUACCAUCUAUGAAACAAGAACCAGUACUCGAGGUGGAAAGAAUCCAAAAUGGAAUGAAACUUGUCGUUGUUAUUUACCAAUCGGAUGUGAUACCAUCGCAAUAGAAUUGUAUGAUGAUUGCCUAUUUACGCAGGAUGAAUUAAUUGCAUGGGCAACGUACAAAGUACCUGAAAAUUUUCUACGAUUCACGACAGAAACACCUGAGCAUUCAUUUGAGGAGAAAAUUGUCUUGUCAGGCAAACAAGGUGAAGGAUUGGAAGGUGAAUUGUUUAUUUCUGUCAAUUCUAAGCCUGUGACGGCCGAAACAUUGCGUACAUACAUGACUGCACCUAUUUACCAUUCACAUUUGAACGCACCCGGAAUGCUUAUUUCCGGUCCACCAAUACUUGCGGCUCCAUUGAUUGUUCAUCAAAGUCCCGUUCCGGCAACCACUUUAUUACCACCAUCAUCUCGACAGCCGCAGCAACAAGUUGCUGCCCAACCACAGCAACCUAUACAAAUACGUGAUGAAGAUGUUCAAACAUUAAAGGAAAUGUUUCCUAAAAUUGAAAUCGAUGUAAUCAAAUCUGUAUUACAAACUGAACGCGGUAAUCUUGAACGUUCAAUUACCAAUCUGCUGGAAUUAAAUUCAACUACUUAAACAUUACAUAUUACUUCCUUUUCGACUACAUCUUUUGUGCAACAAACAUAUUUAUCUUGAUACUAAUUCACUUUUUCCUUUUUAAAAAACGAAAGCAAAUCUUUUAAUUAUUGUUAUGUUUCGCUUAAAUGUUUUUUUUAAUAAUAAUCAAUAAAUCGUUGCAAUCAUCAUUGAUUCCAAUA